UUUGAAUAAUGAAAAUAGAAAUUUUUCAUUAAAUUACAACUUCAAUUGGGAAAAACUACUCGAAAUAUGGAAUCCAAAAAGUAUUAUAAAAAUUUGGAAUUCAAAAGAACGUGAAAAUGUCAACAUUACAAAUAAUUGUGAUUCGGAUAUUUCGUUAUAUUUUACUGGAAUAACAAUGGAAGAAAAUUGGGCAUUAAGAAUUCUCGAUGCCAGUGGACGAUAUACAUCGGGAUUAUUUUCCGCCAAUCGUUAUUGGUUGGGAGCACCGGAACAAUGUCGUGAAAUGGAAAAUAAUUUUUUAAAAUGGAAAAACGAAGGAAAUAUUUCGAAAAAUUCUGAAUUUAUUCCAUUUGGUGUUAGUGUUUAUUCAAUUGAUAUCACUAUUAAUAUUUUCAAACCCGAAAUAAACCAGAAUAUAACACUGGGCCUGUGCUUACCGAUGAGUUGUAGCGUAUACGAUGUGAAGGAACUUUUAAAUUUUUCAAUUGAACAAAGGGAAAAUAAUUCAAGAAUAAUUAUUGUCAAUAAUAUUCGAAAACUCACUGACGGUUACAAUAUUUGGAAUGACGGAAUAUUUUAUCUUCUUGUGGGCACAUUUAUUAUGGCUUCAAUUCUUAUUAUCAUCGGUACGGCGUAUGAUUUAUUUUUAAGGCACAAUGCACUUAAAAAGGGGAAAAUUGAAAAAACCAGAAGCAAUAUUGACGAAUUCAAAGAUAAUCGCAAGGAAUGUUUUUAUAACGAGGAAAUUACAAUUUCCAAAUUGUGGACAAUGAAUAAACAUAAUGCUUCACUUGAUGUAUAUAAUACAGAAAGUAAACCAAAACCUUUAUCAGAGGCUUUAUUAUCGUUUAGCUUACUUUUAAAUAUUUCAAAACUUUGCAGUUUUAAUGUGGGAUCAGAUACUUUGGCACCAAUUCAUGGUUUACGAUUUAUUUCAAUGCUGUGGAUCAUUUUGGUUCACUGCUGUCUGACAACAAAUGAAAUUUCAGAUAGUUCAUUAUGGCGCUCGAGAGCGGAAAACAAUUUUUUGUAUCAAACUAUUAGCAAUGGAUCGUACGCAGUUGAUACAUUUUUUUUCAUCAGUGGAUGUUUGGUGGCAUUUCUUUAUUUUCGAACAAUUGUGAAAAAGGAAAUUCGACAGAAAAGAACCACUCGUGGUUUUUGGGGGAAAAUAAUGCAAUUUUUUGGUAUGAUGUUUUAUAGAUAUGUGAGAUUGACACCACCUUAUUUAUUAGUAAUUGGCUUAAUUCAAGUGUCAAUGAAAUGGCAUCAUGAUCAUUCGUUAAUUCAACUUCCAACAUUGGAUUAUGAAACGUGCGAGAAAUUCUGGUGGAGAAAUGCCCUUUAUGUGAACACAUAUUUUAAUAUGAACGAACGGUGUAUGGUAUGGAGUUGGUAUUUAGCAAACGACACUCAAUUCUACACUGUAGGAAUAAUUAUUUUAAUAAUUACGGCAAGUUUUACAUCUAUUGGCAUUGGUAUUGGAUUAUUCUUUAUAAUUUUAUCUUGGAUAACAACAGGUCUAAUUACUUUUCACAUUGAACACACACCAAGCAUAGAGAAUCCAUUUGCUCAUUACGAGAGUCUUUAUGAUAAACCAUGGACCAGAAUUGGUCCCUAUUUAAUUGGAAUGGCAACUGGGUGGUAUUUGUUUAAAGUUAAUUGUAAAUUAAAACUUAAGAAGUUGAUUUUAAUCAUUGGCUGGACAUCGUCACUAUUAAUUAUGAUAAGCAUUGUUUAUGGAUUAUACGGAAACAAUUUCGAACCAAUUUCAUCAUCAUUUUAUACAGCUCUAUCGCAUUCUGGUUGGGCUUUAAGUAUCGCGUGGAUUCUCAUUUGUUGUGUAACAGAAAAUGGUGGAAUUGUGAAUAAAUUACUUUCGUGGAAAUAUUUUUACCCGAUAUCGAGACUUACGUAUUGUGCCUAUUUGGUCCAUCCGGCAAUUUUACGAGCCAUUGUUCUACAAACCGAAACAUCCCUACAUUUAUCUCACGGACUAAUGGCAUUAAUAUUUUUCGGUGUUUUCAUCACAUCUUACGUGGCAUCAUUGUUUCUCAGUCUACUUUUUGAGGCUCCAAUGGUGUCCUUGCUGAGGAUUGUUCAUCCCCUUCGGCAAUGGAAACGAGAAUAAUAAAUAUGAAAAUUUACAUCUUCUAUUAUAAUUUAUAAUAAUUAUUAUUACGUCUAUAUGGCCAUAAAAAAACAAAGAAUAUGAAGGUCAAACUAGAUCGCGACUAACAUCCACCAACAUCGUAUUUUUUUUAUUUUUAAAUAUUUAUUGAAUAAAUUAAACUGAAGGAAUAAAAUUAAUUAAUUUAAAUGUAAAAAUUAAUUAGAAAU